GGCACUUGCCCCCCACGCGCCCCCCCUCCCUCGCCGCCGCCGCCUUUCUCGGGAGGGAGUGACAUGGAGCCGGCCGGGCCAGAGCGCCUUUUCCAGCACUUAAUUGAACCACUGAAUGACAGAACAGACAAGAAGUUCUACAAUGUUGCUAAACUGGGAGGCACCAAAUACGAUAUCCUGCCUUACUCCAUACGGGUACUGUUGGAAGCUGCUGUCCGCAACUGUGAUGGCUUCCUCGUGAAAAAAGAAGAUGCUAUGAACAUUUUGGACUGGAAAGAAAAACAGAACAAUGUUGAAGUGCCCUUCUGUCCUGCCAGAGUCCUUCUCCAAGACUUUACUGGAAUUCCUGCAAUAGUGGAUUUUGCCGCUAUGAGGGAAGCUGUGAAAAAUCUUGGAGGGGAUCCUACAAAAGUUCAUCCUGCCUGCCCAACAGAUCUCACUGUGGACCAUUCUUUGCAGAUUGACUUCAGUAAAUGUGCAAUACAGAACACUCCCAAUCCUGGAGGUGGUGAUCCACAGAGGCCACCACCAAAACUUUCUCCACUUAAAGCUCCUCGGAAGCUACCGUGCAGGGGCCAGUCCAGCUGCAGAGGGCCAUGUGAUGGAGAAUCUGGUCGUAACUCGGGGCCACUUUCUGUGCAGAUUGAGAACACACCUCCGCUGUGUCCUUUUCACCUUCAACCAGUGCCUGAGCCGGAAACAGUGUUAAAAAACCAGGAGAUGGAAUUUGGUAGAAAUAGAGAGAGACUUCAGUUUUUCAAGUGGGGUUCCAAAGUUUUCAGGAAUGUCUCAGUAAUUCCUCCUGGAACAGGAAUGGCCCACCAAGUGAACCUGGAGUACUUGUCAAGAGUAGUAUUCGAUGUUAAAGGCUUCCUCUAUCCAGACAGCGUUGUUGGCACUGAUUCCCAUACAACAAUGGUGAACGGCUUGGGAAUCUUGGGAUGGGGUGUGGGUGGAAUUGAAACCGAAGCCGUCAUGCUUGGCUUGCCAGUCGCCCUCACCCUGCCUGAAGUGGUUGGGUGUCAACUGACAGGCUCAGCCAGCCCGCUUGCCACAUCAAUCGAUGUGGUCCUGAGCAUUACAAAGCAACUUAGGCAAGCAGGCGUGUCUGGAAAAUUUGUGGAGUUCUUUGGGCCUGGAGUUUCCCAGCUCUCCAUAGGUGACCGGACCACAAUAGCAAAUAUGUGUCCAGAAUAUGGUGCUAUCCUGAGCUUUUUCCCUAUCGAUAAUGUGACGUUAAAGCACUUAAAACACACUGGCUUUGAUGAGACCAGGCUUAAGCUGAUGGAAACAUAUCUUAAAACUGUGAAACUACUUCGAAGUUAUGAACUUUCGACAGAAGAACCUGAAUAUUCCCAGGUUAUAUGCAUAAAUCUGGGUUCUAUAAUGCCCUAUGUAAGUGGUCCCAAAAGGGCACAGGACAGAGUGGCUGUUACGAAUAUGAAGAGUGAUUUCCAGGCCUGCUUAAAUGAAAAGGCUGGCUUUAAAGGCUUUCAGAUUCCAGCUGAAAGGCAAAGGGAUGUGGUUCCUGUGGAGUAUGAAGGAAAUGAGUACAAGCUGGCUCAUGGAUCAGUCGUCAUUGUUGCAGUAAUCAGCUGUACAAACAACUGCAACCCCUCUGUAAUGCUAGGAGCAGGUCUGUUGGCCAAAAAAGCCAUUGAAGCUGGUCUGACUGUUAAACCGUACAUAAGAACCAGUUUAUCGCCUGGCAGCGGAAUGGUCACACACUAUCUCACUUCCAGUGGUGUAUUGCCAUACCUCAAUAAACUUGGAUUUGAGGUCGUUGGCUAUGGAUGUUCCACAUGUGUUGGGAAUACUGCUCCUUUGCCAGAAACCAUUCAGAAUGCAGUUGUGCAGGGUGACUUGGUUGCUUGUGGAGUUUUGUCUGGAAAUAAAAACUUCGAAGGCCGUCUCUGCAGCUGCAUCUGUGCCAAUUACCUUGCUUCCCCGCCUCUAGUUGUGGCUUAUGCUAUAGCAGGAACUGUGAAUAUUGAUUUCCAGACUGAGCCAUUAGGGGUCAGUCCUGAUGGCAAAAGAAUCUUCUUGCAUGAUAUUUGGCCCACUCGAGAAGAACUUCAGCAAGUGGAAGAAGAGUUCAUAAUAUCAUCCAUGUUUAAAGAGCUGAAGGGGAAAAUGGAGAAAGGAAAUAAGCGGUGGAAUUCCCUAGAAGCGCCUGAAUCCGUCUUAUUUAAUAAAUUUCUCAAAGAGUGGAUAAUACAGUUUUCUCUUUCCUCUAAUUUUCUGAUUCUCUUGAUGUCACUUCUGACUGGCUAUCUCAAGGCCUAUUUAGCAGCAGCUGUUUGCUCUCAGAAUGAGUGGCAGGGUGGCUUUGAGUACAAUAUUCAUUCAAUGGGGCCAGGAUCAACUAUCACUGCAAAGAGAAGAGAAGACGAAAUAUUCAGUGCCAAAUACAUCAGUUCCUCAGUCGUUGAAAAAUGGAAUCGACACCCACCACCUGGAUACAAUCUUCCAAGCCAGACAUGA